AUGAGUGUCUUGCUUGCGCAGCACCUGACUCUGGGAGUCUUGCUCAGCCUAUGUAGUCCUGGCCUGUGCAGCUCAGACUGCGCGGACGCUAACGAUGUCUUCUGCGCGGUCCAAGCCCCUAUUGCACGGAAGGCCCCUCGUUUUGAAAAGGGUACCCUGGUCUGUUUCGGGGACGAUUGCCAAAGUCCUCUUACAGCAGAUACCUGGAAAAAACACUGGCAGAAAUACUUGGCGUCGGGAACUGAAAGCAAGCUGCAGGGUCCGUUGGACCACUGCUGCCCAGCUUGCGAUAGCAUCCUGACGCAAGGCUGCAGUAACUCACGGCAGGAGGAGCAUAUCUUUGUAAGCCACAUCUGGCCUUUCAUGCGCCAAAGUCGGGACACGCCUCCUGUGUUUGUGGAGCUGGGUGGCUAUGACGGCUGGCACGAGACCAACACGCACUUCCUUGAGAGCUGUCUGGGCUGGAAGGGCCUCAUGAUUGAAGGCAAGCCCAGCACGUUCAAGACGCUUCAGAGAAACCGUCCAAACACGGUCAAGAUCAGUAGCGCCAUAUGCAACGAGACCACCACUGUCAAUUUCGGGGGCACAGGGACCGGGUCUCACAUUAAUGCUGGUUCAACUCUCGUACCUUGCGCGCCUCUGCAGUCAUUCUUCGACGUGCUCGAUGUCCAACAUAUCAGCUUCUUCAGUCUUGACGUUGAAGGAUACGAGCUGCACGUGUUGAAGUCAGUCGACUGGAGAAAGGCGUCAAUUGCGUCGCUUGUGGUCGAAGAGCUCCAGUGGGACGCAGUCAACAAGGCAAAGAACAAGGUGGUCAGGAAGUGGCUGGAGGAUGCAGGCUACGAUUUGUUGGGUUCCAGUUGUUGGAACAACGACGUUUGCGAUUCCUUCUGGAUCAACAAGAAAUUCGUUGACGUCGGAGCUGCCAAGCAACAUCUACUCAAGAAUCCAUUUCCCGGUGCGUAUGAAAUUGACAAGUGCCAGCCAACCGGACUAUGA